AUGAGCGAAGGACCAUCAGAACCAAUUGAAGCUUCCAUCACUCCUGAUGAGGCUAAUAGAAUCAUUCAUUCACAUCGUAAAGUUCGAUAUGGAACCGCUUGCUGGCCUUGCAGGCAACGCAAGGUCAAAUGUGAUAACAAACACCCAUGUGAGAAUUGUGUGAAGAGGGAUCACGCCCUAUUAUGCUCGUACAAUCCUAAAAAUCGGGAUCUCGGGAAGACGAUACCGACGGCUUCAGUAGCUGGGGUUAAAAGGGCCCGAACCCCAGAUAGUGCCAAAGAAGACGCCUGGCCAAGAACGACAGAAGAAGAUGAUCCAACCGAAUCACGAUAUCUGGGACAGAAUUCAAUCGCUGCUUUUUUGAGUGAAGAGGCCCAGAUUGGAUCAUCGCCAGGGGAGGGCGAACACGAUGUCAUACGGAAAGACAUCAUGCCUAUACUAGGCUUGCAGAUAUCGACGGCCCCAUAUCCGUUCAUGUCCAAAGAACACAUGGAUAAAAUAAGGCACGACAUUGCUAUGGCAUUACCGUCGGAUAAAGAUGUCUUAAAAUCGUUCCAAAUUUACAAACAAAUAGUCCAGCCAUUUUGGGGUCUUUUGAUCGAUAUUGAUGAUUUUGAGACGAAGCUGUGCAUCUACCUGGAAGAUCGGACUAGUUCCGCAAAAAGCAAGGGCCCAAACCAGAAGGGGGUAUCAUCAGCCUGGCUGGGGAUGCUGUUCGCAGUCCUUGCUGUAUCAUCAAAUUACGCUGAAACCACAUACCACAAACGAGCAGCAGCCUCACAAUCCUUUGUUCAGACAUCAUUCCAUUGUCUAAGGCUAUCCAACUUUUUGAUUCGUCCAUCGUUAGAUUCAUUGCAGGCACUUUUGAUCCUUGGUUUUGUUCUAGCCAAUGAUAUGAAAGCUGAGGCCUCAUGGGCACUGAUCGGUGUCACUUGUAGACUCGCUCAAGCUUUGGGCCUUCACAGAGGGCCUAAUGAGAGCGGUAGAUUCUCAUCUUCGGCAGUUAACGAUUUACCUCGUCGUAAACUAUGGUGGACAAUUGUCUGGCAAGACAGUUUACUCUCACUCUCGUUUGACAGAUCUCCGAUUGCUGUGAUCACAAGAUGUAAAGUUCCUUUGAGCCCUGUUGCUCUGACAGAAGGCUUUACCUAUACAGAAGCUAUGUACCAUCUCUGUCAGAGGGUACUUGAUUUCGUCAAGAAUGAUUCGGUUUCUCAGCCCGAUUAUAAUCAAAUCAUCGCCAAUUCCGUCGACGUCGAGAAGAUUCGUGAUAAGGUUCUCCCAGCCCUCCGCGUUAAAGAAGCAUGCAAAACAGUUCAAGAUAGAUUACAGUACUUUGCCCUUCGCCUUCACACAUCCUUCGUCGUCUCAGUGCUAUGCCGGCCCGCACUCAAACGUGGUGAAAAUGGAAUGUCUUCCGACCAAAACGCAAUCAUGAAAGAAAAAUGCAAACAGAACCUCACAGAGACCGUUAGAAUGUACUUAAAAAUGCAUUCCUUAAGCGUUAUACCCACACGUUCAUGGGCGUUCACUUAUCACGGUCUCUCAUCCGCAGUUCUUCUCGGAAUUUUAGGUCAUACUGAAACAGACCCAGAAGUUCGACAACUACAAGGAGAUUUAAUCAGUGCUCUGUCGGUUACUGCAGCCAAAGAACAGCCAUCCCCGAUUCCCAAAUCAGACAAGGAUAUCGAACUUAGUGGUCCUCUAUCGAGAGCUUUGGCUGCACUCAAGAAUAUUUAUGAUCAUGGAUGGGUGAUUGAACAACAACAAAUCCAACAACGAGCGGUUAUGGACCCUGAAGCUCGGAUGAUGCAGGAACAAGUUUUCAAAUCCACGAGUGAAUAUGAACAGCAAAAUGCUGCCCUGGCUAUGGCUUCUAUGCAAAAUGGGAUGGUACCACCUAUGGACUAUAACCAACAAAUGCAUAUGGGUAAUAUGGAUGACAUGCAGCCUGUAGAUCAGACAUUGUCACCGAUGGAUUUAUUUGAUUCGAUUUUUUGGGAACCCUACCCCAAUCAUGGCCUCGAAUCAGGCUUCGAUUAUACAGGAGCGCCAUUUUACCCACAAGCACCCUUUUAA